AUGACUGUCUCAAACAAUGCUCGCUUUGACUUCAUUGUCAUGGGUGGUGGAACAGCUGGCAACACUGUCGCUGGUCGUCUCGCCGAGAACCCCAACGUUCGCGUCCUUGUCCUAGAGGCAGGGAUUGCGGAUGCCAUAGACAACGAGGAGAUUCGGACUCCUGCAGACGCCAUGGAACUCAGAAACAGCAAGUAUGAUUGGGCUUUCAAAACAACUAUGGUGAAGCGUGAUGACUACGAGCGCGUCGAGAAACCGAAUACCCGUGGUAAGGCCCUUGGAGGUAGCUCGUCGUUGAACUAUUUCACCUGGGCUCCGGGAUCCAAAGGGACUUUUGAUAUGUGGGAGGAAUUCGGUGGGAAGGAAUGGACUUGGGACCCUCUUGUUCAUUACCUUCGGAAGUCUGUCACCUACCACGAUGAUGAAAAGGCCUAUUCCCCGGAAAUGAAGAAGAUUGGUGGGGGAGGUCCUAUCCCAAUUGCACACUCCGAGCUCAUCCCGGAGAUGCAGCCUUUCCGCGACCUUCUUACCAAGGCCUGGAGAUCUACUGGACACCCGAUCACAGAGAACAUUUUCGAUGGCGAGAUGCGUGGGUUGACACAUAGUGUGAACACCAUCUACAAAGGUCGCCGGUCUGGUAGUUUCCUAGCUGUCGCUGGCAAACCAAACAUCACUGUUCUCGGAGAGGUCCAUUCCAAAGAGCUUAUCAUCGACAAGACGACUCGCACCUGCAAGGGAGUCACCGUCAUCGCACCCUCUGGAGAAGAAUUAAGCUUUUUCGCUACUCGCGAAGUCAUUGUCUCAGAGGGUGUCUUCGAAACACCAAAGUUGUUGAUGCUAAGCGGUAUCGGUCCCAAGGCGGAGUUGGACAAGCACGGCAUUCCAGUCGUUGUUGACUCUUCGUGGGUCGGUAAAAACCUGUUGGAUCACCCUGGUGUGCCUUUCGUCCUCCGUGUAAAGGAUGAGUACGGUAUGGACGACUGUGUCCUCCGAAAGGGAACUUCGAAGCACGACAAGGCUUUGAAGGCUUACAGCUCUGGCCACAAAGGUCCCAUGGGUUCAGGAUUUCUUGAGAUGGUUGGAUUUCCACGCAUUGAUGAGUACCUGGAGAAGUCUCCCGAGUAUCGCGCAGCAAAGGCUUCCAAUGACGGCCGCGACCCAUUCUGUCCUUACGGACAGCCUCACUUCGAACUCGACUUUGUCUGUUUGUUUGGAAGCGCCUUUCAGUGGCACUAUCCCACUCCGCCCAAGGGCAGUUACGUAACUGUGAUGGUGGACCUUGUUCGCCCAGUGUCUGAGCCUGGCGAAGUUACCUUGAACGGCACUGAUCCUCUUAAACAAGCGAACAUCAACUUGAACUACUUCAACAAUGAUCUCGACAUUAUCGCUAUCAGAGAGGGUAUUAGGUACGCAUACGACAUCUUGAAGUACGGCGAGGGAUUCAAGGAUAUUGUCAUCGACGAGUAUCCUUGGGAGAUGCCACUGCACGAUGACGAGCUAAUGAAACGAACGGUGCUUGACCGGUCUCAGACAUCAUUCCACCCCUGCGGAACUGCGCGGCUCUCCAAGAGCAUUGAUCAAGGUGUGAUCGAUCCAUCUCUCAAGGUGCAUGGCAUCAAGAACCUCAGAGUCAUCGAUGCCUCUUGUAUCCCUGUCAUCCCAGACUGCCGCAUCCAGAACUCUGUCUAUAUGGUGGCCGAGAAGGGUGCCGAUCUGAUCAAGCAUGAUCACAAGGACAUCUACGUUUAG